GGAUGUGUAGGUGUAUGAAAAUGUUGAAAAAUGAAAUUUUUCAGAUUUAGAACAUUUGUUCAUAAAGUUCUCAAAAAUUUAAAAGCAAUAAUGAUUUUAAAAUAUGCGUUUAACAUAAUGAGAUUUGAAUUAGUAUCAGAGCUCGUAACUCUUGAUGAAGAUUGUUUACAUAAAAUUGUAAUCAAAGAAAUAUUCUUCUAACAACGAAAGAGAACAUAAAAAAAUUCCUUUAUUGAUUUUUAAAAAAAUGAGUGCUCCAAAAUUAUGAACAUGAACGUAAACAUUAAUAGAUCAGAAAAUAUUUACAUUGAACAGUGACAGAGAAAUAUCAGAAAAGACAAAAAGAUACCACCCUAUUAUGAUAACAAAAAUAUGAGAAAACAAGUUCAGUGUAGAAGACUAAAAUAAACAAAAUAGGUUGUUGAACAUUCGAAAAAGUGUUAACUAAUUGGCAUAAAGAUUAGUUAUGAUGAUGAUUCAGGAUAAACCGGAAGUUUUCCUUGAAUUCCCAAUGUGAUGACUUGAAUUAAGUAGAACAUUAACAACUAAGAACCCGUAUGAUUGGCGAAAACGGUAGCGAUCAAAAUGUGCUGGGAUGGGAUCAAGAUGAAACUGCAGCGAUUUCUAUUCCACCACCAUUUAACAACAACAAUUUGCAAUAUAAUCUUCAUUAUGUGACAAAAGGUGGAAACAAUGAUGGUAAAGACAUAACCGAACAAUGGGACGAUGAUCAAAAUUUCGGUAUCGAAGGCAUGGCGGGUGGAUUUAAUGGAACAACAGAAAAAGGGGUACACUUUCCCAACAUAUCUUCUGCAAAUGAACAUUCCAAUGGUCAAUUAUAUCAAACGCUUUUGCAACAGGGAACGCAAUCUAGAUCUAUGUCAUCACUUCCACCAGAACCGUUUAUGAUUAUGCGUUCGAAAACGCUCAAUCGACGUGUUCUUAUAAAUGUUGGUGGCGUUAAACAUGAAGUUCUCUGGAGAACACUUGAACGACUUCCGCAUACAAGAUUGGGUCGUUUAAAGGACUGCAAUACACAUGAAGCUAUAUCAGAACUUUGUGAUGAUUACUCGCUUAUAGACAACGAAUAUUUUUUCGACAGACAUCCCAAAAGUUUUAGUUCAAUUUUAAAUUUUUAUCGAACGGGAAAGCUGCAUUUAGUUGACGAUUUGUGCGUGCUUGCUUUCAGUGAUGACUUAGAAUAUUGGGGAGUUGACGAGUUAUAUUUAGAAUCAUGCUGUCAACAUAAAUAUCAUCAACGAAAAGAGCAUGUACAUGAAGAGAUGAGAAAGGAGGCUGAAAGUCUCCGUCAGCGUGAAGAGGAAGAAUUUGGAGAUGGUAAAUGUGCUCAAUAUCAAAAGUAUUUAUGGGAUAUGCUUGAGAAACCCACCUCUAGUUUAGCUGCAAGGGUAAUUGCAGUGAUAUCUAUUCUCUUCAUUGUCUUAUCGACAAUUGCGUUAACUCUUAACACUAUACCUGCGGUCCAACAAAAGGAUCAUAAUCAUAAUGGUGUGGCAGCAGGUGAUAAUCACGACCUAGCUAUGGUUGAGGCUGUCUGCAUCACAUGGUUCACCCUAGAAUAUAUAUUGCGUUUCAGCGCAUCGCCAGAUAAAUGGAAAUUUUUUAAAGGCGGGCUUAACAUUAUUGAUCUAUUGGCAAUACUUCCAUAUUUUGUAUCGCUUUUUCUUUUGGAAACCAAUAAAAAUGCUACGGACCAGUUCCAAGAUGUGCGGAGGGUUGUGCAAGUCUUUCGAAUUAUGCGCAUCCUUCGAAUCCUUAAGCUGGCCCGACACUCUACGGGCCUGCAAUCACUUGGCUUUACACUUAGAAACUCCUACAAAGAACUUGGUUUAUUAAUGUUAUUUUUGGCCAUGGGUGUGCUUAUUUUCUCAUCUUUAGCAUAUUUUGCUGAAAAAGAUGAGCCUGGAACCAAAUUCUCUUCGAUUCCAGAAACCUUUUGGUGGGCUGGCAUUACAAUGACAACUGUUGGGUAUGGCGAUAUAUGCCCGACGACCCCUCUCGGAAAAGUCAUUGGGUCUGUGUGUUGCAUUUGCGGCGUAUUGGUAAUCGCAUUGCCCAUUCCUAUUAUUGUAAAUAAUUUCGCUGAAUUUUAUAAAAAUCAAAUGCGGCGAGAAAAAGCCCUCAAGAGACGUGAAGCAUUGGAUCGUGCUAAACGUGAAGGGAGUAUUGUUUCGUUUCAUCAUAUUAAUCUUCGCGAUGCUUUCGCCAAAAGUAUGGACCUUAUUGAUGUUAUAGUUGACACAGGACAUAAUUUAUCGCAGGGGGAUUUGGAUUCGGAGUAUGGGUCUGACAAAAAUCCUGCUAAUACUGGACAAGGAUGCUAUAAAAACUACCAGCAAUAUAGACAAAGAAAGAAUCAUUUUCCGCAACAAAAACCUACAACGAUUGAAGCUGAAUUUCAUCCCUCACCUAGUUUUAAAACACAUAGACAAUGGAGCACCGAGUCAAAUAAACAAAUGAAUAAAAAUGAUGGUGCAGACAAUCAAUUGAUAGAGGGCGAAAUUGAAACCAAAACUGAACCUUUUAUGAGAGUUUCAAAAUCAGAAGUUGAAGAGUUGAGGAAAGAAAUAGCGAUGGAAAGACAAUUAAAAGAAAUCAAACCAUCUCAAAAGCAAGAAAUUGUAUUGCCAUCUGAAUUUGAAUGCUGUAUUUGUUCAUCAGAUGAUUUCAAAGAAAGCAUCGAUGCGGAAGGUUUGAUGCCUCUAAAUACGUCAGACUUACACAAAACAGUUUGUAUGGAAUUGCGACUCACAAAAGCUAUGAAUAUUUUAAAUCUCUGCAAUGGUGGAAUAAAAUCUAAAAACUACUAUACAACAACUGAACAGUUGAGCGAAAGAAAGUUUAACUUUAAACCAAUUGAUGAUUUUAAGGAAAUGGAAAUUAACAAUAAAGAAGGUUGUUCAUCAAUUGAAAACAAAGAAAGAUUCUGGGAGAAAUCAAAAGAUCAAUCAAAGACACUGCAAAGAGAUUCAACUGAUACUACCAACAACAAUGAAACCUCGAGUGAAAACCGAAAUUCACAUAAUAGCAAUAAUGCUGAUCUUGCCAGUGUUGGAAGCACCGAUACUUUCAUGAGCUGUCAAACACAUGCAUUUUUAUCUCAAAAUGAUCUUACGUCUGCAGAUGAUGACAAAAAUGGUUGCAGCUUAAAUAUACUCGAUUUAGAUAAUUUAAACAUAAAUACACUCAAUAAAAAUUCUAACAGUACACUAUUACGAGGAAGCAGCAUGUUUAGCGGAAGCAUACCAAAAGAUCACAGUCAAAUUCCACAGGGAAUUGUUAAGAAAAGUUCAUCUGGGGACACAGGUUUCCGAAGUAUAGAUCAAAACCAAGGUUUACCUGAUUAUUUUCGAAGUGAAGCUUCUCUCAAUGAAAGUCCUUUACCAAAACAUCGAAAAACAAGAUUUCAACAACAGCAACAGCAACAAUAUCAAUGGGAAAGCAUCAAAUCUAGGUCAAAGAGACAAAUUGAAAAUGAGAGUUCGAAUGAAAAUUUGGAAACUUCAGUGACAAAAAAUAGUAGUAACAGCAAUAAAUCAAAUCGUAAGCAAUCAUUUAUAUCGAGUAAACUAAUAACAGCAGCUAAAAAACAGCUCAUUAAUCAGCAUUUGUUUGGUAUUCAAGCCAAAGAUUCUUCCCAAGAUAUGCAUAAAAGAUCAAAAUCCAUCUUGAAAAAUAGAUCGGAUGCAAAGUUAAUAUCUGACCCGGAAAGCGAGAAACUUUUAGGAAGUGACACGGGGUCAGGGAUUUCAGAUAUAAGCGUAAUACCCGCUGAUGGUUUAGCUGAUGUUUCAACUUAUAAGGUAUACAAAUCUAUUUCACCUCAAAUGAGUCAUGAGAGGCAUGAACGCUUCUUAAAGCAGCGAUCAUAUAAGGCUUCCAUUGAGAAUUUAAAAUAUCAAAACUCAAGACAGUCUGAGGAAACAAUGCUCAAACAAAUUGAGCCAAUUUUACAACGUGGUUCAGAAGUUGGAAGCACAACGAGUACUAACAAUGCUGCUGUGAGUACCUACCGAACUAAAUUUGGAACCAGAGAAAGUAGUCUAGAUUCCGAAACUGCCUAUUCAACAUAUCCACUGAUAGUUAAGAAUACAGAGAGCUCAUAAGAUGACUUAAACUCUCCAAAACUUCGAGCCAAUAACAAUUAGAAGUUACCAAGUGCAGCAAAAAAAAUAUUUCUCUUUUUAUUUAUUAAUACCAUUUCUGUAUAAAUAUCAGGCAAGUAUCAAUAAAUUAUCUUUACAUAUCCUACAAAUGAUCUAUAUUUAAUCAUCUACUUACAAGUAUUUACUAGAACAUUUUUUUCUUAUAUUUUAUUUAAAGGAAGCUUCUUUGAAUAUCAAAAAAAAAAUACCUAAGAAAAUAUUUAAUUUAAAAUUGAAAAAUAUGAAGGGAGAAUAAGAAGAAAGUGAUGUUCUACAGAAUACAUUGAAAAUAUCAAAAAGUUAUUAAUCAAUUAAAAAGAAAACAACUUAACUUUUUUAGAUAUCUGCUCUUAUAAACUCAAUAU